GAUGGCAAGCAAAAGCCUUUCAAAAGCCAGAAGGCAAAAUUCUCUCUCUCUCGCUCUCUCUCUCUCUCUCUCUCUCUCUCUCUCUCUCUGUGGAUGCUUCGCAGAUCAUGCGAAGAAUUAAAAUAAGAAGAGGAAUAAAAGAAGAAGAAGAAGCAGGGUUGAAGGGUUACUAGGAUGGCAAAGCGCCGCGCGGAGGAUAUAUUAGAGGAGGGUAGGGAGAUUAAAGACACAGAGAAAGGGAAGGAAGCUCAUCCUUACGCAUUUCAUGUGUCUGGACCUCGAAAUCUGUCUUCUCCCGGCUGGAGAGAGCUCAUAAGCUCUAGUUGGAAGGAUGGGAAUUACAGAAGGACAGUAAUUGCCUGUUUCAUACAAGCAGUGUACCUGCUGGAACUUGACAGACAAGAAAAUAGAACGGAAGAAAAUGCUUUGGCCCCAAAUUGGUGGAUCCCCUUCAAGUACAAACUAGUCCAAACUUUAACUGAUGAAAGAGAUGGCUCAAUAUAUGGGGCAAUACUAGAAUGGGAUCGAAGUGCAGCCUUGGCCGACCUCAUACUCAUCAGACCAAGCGGGGCACCGAGGGCUGUUUUAGCACUUCGAGGAACAGUACUCAAAAGCCAAACAAUCAGAAGAGAUAUAGAGGAUGAUCUACGGUUUCUAGCUUGGGAGAGCUUGAAGGGUUCUGUUAGAUUUAGUGGUGCCUUGGAGGCAUUAAAAUCAGUUGCUGACAGAUACGGAAGCAGCAAUGUAUGUGUCGCUGGCCAUUCCUUGGGAGCAGGAUUUGCUCUCCAAGUGGGAAAGGCGUUAGCAAAACAAGGAAUAUUUGUGGAGACCCAUCUGUUCAAUCCACCGUCUGUGUCUUUAGCUAUGAGUUUAAGAAAUAUUGGAGAAAAAGCUGGGCUUGCCUGGAAGAGAUUCAAAUCAAUACUUCCUUCUACUACAGAAAGUCAGGGAACCAGCGAAGAGUGGGGGAGAACCCUUAGUGUGGGGCUGAAGAAGUGGGUUCCCCAUUUAUAUGUGAAUAACAGUGACUAUAUUUGUUGCUAUUAUACAGAUCCACCUGGUACAGAAGAAAGUAAUGCAGGCAAGGAGAAUAAAGCUCUCACCACUGGGCAGCAAAUGGCAGCAAAAUUGUUUGUAAUGUCAAAGGGAAAACAAAAAUUUCUUGAGGCUCAUGGAUUAGAGCAGUGGUGGUCAGAUGACCUGGAACUUCAACUGGCUUUCCAGGACAGUAAGCUCAUAUCCAGACAGCUGAAAUCAUUAUAUAGUCUCCCUCCACAACAAGCACCUGGAAAGCCUUGAUGACACAAGGUGGUGUUUGCUUUUGUGUGCUGACUUAUUUUCUAUUCACAAUUUUUCAAUUCACAACAUUUGAUACCUCCAUCCAUGGUUUCAAGUAGUGGCUGCAAUGUUAUGGUGUGAACCGGUGGGUGUGAAUUCUUUUUCAACAACACACAACUUUCCAUAUAUUGAUUGACUUCUCAUAUUUUAA